GUACUUUCAAGGAGCGUGCCAGCCCUUGUGCUCAAUUACCAAUCAAAACGUUGUUACGCUCGAACUGGCGCCGCGUGUCUGUCUCUUUACGUUACUACAAAGUCAACAAGUCGAGUGCGUCUCUGAGAGGCAGUCUGCCGGACAACCACUGACCAGGAGCGAGUAUGAAUGGUGUGGUUUGGAGCCUUUUUCAGCACCUGCCGCGCUUCAUGGAGUCUGACAGCCGAGGUUUCCAGCCCUGGAGAGACUACAUGGGCCUGUCGGAAACCGUCAGAGACAUCCUGGCACGGAACAGCGCGGCUCAGUCGUCCCUCUCAGCCCCCAGAGCCUCGCACCCGGAGCCCGGGGAUCGCCGCAGGGCUCUGGUGUCCAUGCGCCUUAACGCGAUGCGCCACAGCAACUUUGGGGCGGAUUGCGCGCAGGGUCUCCGCGAUGAGUCUCCGCGUCCAGACUCCUCGGCUCAUCGGAGUCCAACUGAUGUGUUGCGGGCGCCAAACCCCGCGCGUGUUGACGCACCAGAUGUGGAGGAUCCCAAACAUGUGGCAAAACCUCACCGGGGGACAAAAGACCGUAAGAGAACGACUCGCCCUAGGACACCCGAGCUCCCGGCGGCUCCUCCACCUCCUCCUGAACGCAUGUUCUGCAGCUUCUGCAAACACAAUGGCGAGUCCGACGUGGUGUAUGGAUCCCACUGGCUGAAGAACCUGGCCGGGGACGUUAUGUGUCCCUACCUGCGGCAGUACGUGUGUCCUCUCUGCGGAGCCACGGGGGCCAAAGCUCACACCAAGCGCUUCUGUCCCCGGGUGGACAGCGCGUACAGCUCGGUGUACGCCAGGUCCAGACGCUGAAACCAGCAGGUGGCAGGCUUUGGUUUUUAUUUGCAUGCUUUGACACUGAGGCCUUCUGGGACGCCGGCUGGUCUUUCUGUGUGCCCGCUACUUCAAAAAAGCGUCUGUUUACAAGUUGGUGGAUCUCGUGAGGUACUUAAUAUCUACAACGACUGCCAGAUAUCAUGUUUGGGAAGAGAACAGUGAAAAAAACAUGCUUUCACAGGAAUGUUUGUUUGUUUUAUAUAUAUUUUAAAACGUGGCCAUUUGAUGUACAGCAUCAUAUUUCCUGUCAUACACAAAUGUCAUAGCUUUAUCAAACCUACAGUCAUCAUUGGUUAUAACUUUACUACAGUAUUUAACAUUUUUAAGAUAUGAGUGACUUGUUCUAAGGAGUGCGAGUGAAUACCUGUUUUAUUUUGAUUAUUUAUGUAUGUGUGGCUUUUCUAAAAAAACUAUUUUUGCUUUGUGAAAUAAUAGCUAAUCUUUGUGUGAAUAUUUUUGUAUACCAGAAGUUAUACAUAUCUAAAGUGAGUAAAUCUGUGUUUGUAUUCGUUGUCU